AUGACUGAAUUUGAAAUGAUAUACACCAAUAGAAAACCACCGAAAAAACUAAUCUCUAUCAGCUACAAAGCGCUGACCCAAGCAUCAGAUCAGGGUAGAGAAACACACAUCCAAUCCUGGCAUAGAGAACUAGGUAAAACCAUACCAAUGGCAGACUGGUCCAAGGCCUACUCCUCGCACAAAGGAGUUUCAUCAUGCGCUACUCACAUCGAGACGCAGCGCAAGCUGCUAUACCGAUAG